UUGGAAUCGAUUUGGGUUCUACAUAUUCCUCGUUGGAGUUUAGAAAAACGAUCGAAUUAAAAUUAUUAUUAAUGACCAGGGUCAUCGUACGACGCCUUCUUAAUGUUAAACGUCUCAUUGGACGUAACUUUAGUGACGAAGUUAUUCAAUCCGAUAUAUUUAG